AUUUGAUAAUAUGUAAAUAGUUUGUGUCCACACACCAGGAUUUUACUUUGCAUAAAAAGUACAUAUUUCAGUUCAUGUGUGCAUUUAAGUACCAUCUCUCGUAUUUUUUGCAUUAUUGCUUUAGGUAUGUGGCAGGUAGUUCUUUUGGUGGUUUUGGUUAUCGUGUGGUAUCUGUGGUAUAAUGCACGUGCCUCCGGUAUACAGAGGAUUACAGUCAGGGGUCAGGGAGUACUGAUUACAGGAUGUGAUACCGGAAUUGGACAUGACCUAGCUAGACGCCUAGAUGACAUGGGGUUCCAUGUGUUUGCUGGCUGUCUGGUGGGAGAUGGGCCUGAGGCAUCAGAAUUAACAAAAUCAUGUUCUAACCGUCUUCAUGUCAUACAGCUGGACGUCACGAAAGAGAAACAAAUCAGAGCUGCCAAAAGUUAUGUGGAGACACUGCACAAACAAACUGGGUCUCUGGGCUGUUGUUAAUAACGCUGGUAUAGACUGUUGGGGCGACAUAGAAUUUUGUACAAUGGAUAUGUACAGACGUAUAGCGGAAGUAAAUCUUUUUGGCUUGAUAAACGUUACGAAGACAUUUCUACCCAUGAUUAGAAAA